ACUUUCUUCGUACCCCCUGCCACUCGCCCCGUAUUCUUCUCCACCAUCUCUCUACCUUUCUUUUUCGUUUGAUUUUUAUUUAAUUUUUGCCCUAUUCUAUUCUCUAUCACUUUGAUUUUCCCUUUCGUUUACAGUACACAAUAAAUUGUUGGUUGCUAGGCAGGGCAGGGGGACGUGCCCACUGACACCUUUCUUCCAUAGCCUAAAACCUGGUGGUAUUGGUAACUCGCACCCCAUUUAUAUACACACACACAUAUAUAUAUCACCUCACCUGCAACAAUUCCUUUUGGUCAAACCAAAUAAUUGUGCUCUAAUUUGACACAAAAUCAACACUCACUGCAAAUUUUUUUAAGGCUUUCUCCGAUGCUAAGUGUCAUCAUUGGAACAUGGAUCAUAUUCUACAGAUUGUGCACUUGUAAAAGUGGAUAGGUGUUGUGUAGUAGUGAAGAUUCUGGUCUGGAACUAUGGAAGUGCUUUCCCACUCUGGUGUACAUUAUGUUGGAGAAUCUGAUUGCGCUCAAGAGGAUGUGGGAGCGAGUCUCGUGCAUGGUGAAGAACCAAAUUGUGUGAAACUCACAGCAGAAGUUCAAACCGCAGAUCUGAAAGUUGAUGGCAUGGUAAUUAAUGUGGAAGGGACUCAGAAGGAAACACGAGAUGGAGUUCAAUGGACCGUUGAGGCCAUGCAGACUUCUGAAGAGCAAUUUACUGCGAAUGCAUAUCAUGAAUUUGAGGAGGAUGGCCCAAAGUUGUCCUCUGAUUCCCAUGAUUCCGAAGAUGAAAACAUAGAGAUACAGGCUCAUGCUGCUGGUCCUGGGCUGGCCGUGGAAAGCUCUAAGCCAUUUCUAAAUGCAAAUGAAAGUGGGAACCCGAAUGAUAACCAAGAAGGGGAAACCAAGCUAUGUGAACCUCCAUUGCUAGAAAGAGAUGAACCUCUAGCAGUAUGGGUAAAGUGGAGGGGUAAGUGGCAAGCAGGAAUCAAAUGUGCGAGAGCAGACUGGCCAUUGUCAACUGUGAGAGCAAAACCAACCCAUGACAGGAAAAAGUAUCUUGUGAUAUUCUUUCCUCGGACCCGGAAUUUUUCAUGGGCAGAUGUGCUUCUUGUUUGCCCGAUUAAUGAAUUUCCACAGCCCAUUGCAUAUAAGACACAUAAGGUUGGAGUUAAGAUGGUUAAUGACCUGACUCUUUCUCAUCGUUUUAUCAUGCAAAAGCUUGCUGUAGGCAUACUGAAUAUCUUCGAUCAAUUACACAGAGAGGCUCUAGUGGAGACUGCUCGCAAUGUGAUGGUCUGGAAGGAAUUUGCAAUGGAGGCUUCCCGAUGUAAAGACUAUCCUGAUAUUGGAAGGAUGCUUUUGAAAUUUCAAGAUAUGAUACUGCCACAUUACAAAACUUCACAUUGGCGGGAAAACUCACUGCAGUCUUGGGUUCAACAGUGUCAGAAUGCAAACAAUGCUGAAGCCGCUGAAAUACUGAAGGAAGAAUUGGUUGAUGCUAUUCUUUGGAAUGACAUAAAUUUACUUCCGAGUGAUUCUGCACAUCUUGAACUUAGCAUUGAAUGGAAGACUUGCAAACAUGAGGUUAUGAAAUGGUUUUCGGUUUCACAUCCUGUAUCCACUAGUGGAGACCUGCAAAAAUCAACUUCUGAUAGCCCAUUGUCGGUGGGUCUACAGCAGAGCAAGAAAAGGCCCAAGCUUGAAGUUCGGCGUGCUGAUACAAAUACUUCACAAGUGGAUUCUCAGGGGCAUGAAGCUAUAACUCUGAUUGCUUCUGGUUUCUUUAAUGGCCGUGAUACUGUGGAUAAUACUGCAUCAUUUGAUUCUGAGCAUACUAAAGGUGAUACUUCUCUUGGGGAAGCUCCUCCUACUGGAUCUCCUGGUAGUCUUAAUGAUAGAUGGGGUGAUAUCAUUGUUGAACCCGAAAAUUCUGAGGUCAUUCAUACGAAAGAUGUUGAAUUGACUCCUAUUGAUGGGAUUGUUACUACUAAAUCUUUUGAUCACAGCAAUAAGAAUCGCCAAUGCAUAGCAUUCAUUGAGGCUAAGGGAAGGCAAUGUGUGAGAUGGGCAAAUGAUGGUGAUGUUUAUUGUUGUGUUCAUUUGGCUUCCCGUUUUGCAAGUAACUCUUCAAAGACUGAAGCAACGCCACCUGUUGAAGCAGGAAUGUGUGAAGGUACAACUGUACUUGGGACUAAAUGCAAGCAUCGGUCUCUUCAUGGUUCUUCUUUCUGUAAGAAGCAUAGGCCCAAGGGUGAUACAAAUUUGUCCUUUAGUUCACCCGAGAAUAAACUUAAGAGAAAACAUGAUGACAGCAUUGAUGUGUCACAGACUUCAAAUUGCAAAGACAUUGUCGUAGCUGGUGGAUAUGAACUUCCACUUGAUGUGGAUCCCAUCUCAGUUAUGGGCGGGGAUUCCUUCAAAGGAAACAGCUUAAUUCGAAUGCCUGAGUAUCAUCUGAAUGAGUAUAACGAUACUGAAUUUCUGUGCAUAGGUUCGUGGCCCCAAGAUGGUGAACCUUGUUUAGAAAGUGCAAAGCGGCAUUCACUAUACUGUGACAAACAUCUGCCAAGCUGGCUCAAGCGUGCAAGGGAUGGUAAGAGUAGGAUAAUCUCAAAGGAGGUGUUCAUAGAGAUCCUUAAGAGUUGUCAUUCAAGGGAGCAAAAGUUGUACUUACAUCAAGCUUGUGAGCUGUUCUAUCGGCUAUUCAAAAGUGUUCUGUCCAGGAGAAAUCCAGUGCCAAAAGAAGUCCAAUUUCAGUGGGCCAUAUCUGAAGCUUCUAAAGACACGAGAGUAAGGGAAUUCUUAGUGAAAUUGGUUUACAGUGAGAAAGAAAGGCUCAAAAGGCUCUGGGGCUUUGCCUUUAGUGAAAAUAUGCAAGAUUUCUCCUCUAACACAGGAUCAGUUCCUAUCUCAGUUUCUAAUGAUAACAAUGAGGAUGAUGAGAAUGUCAUUAGGUGCAAAAUUUGCUCGGGAACAUUUUUGAAUGACCAAGCACUUGGUAGACACUGGAUGGAUAAUCAUACUAAGGAAGCUCAAUGGCUAUUCAGGGGUUAUGUUUGUGCAAUAUGCCUUGAUUCGUUUACUAACAAAAAGGUUUUGGAAUCUCAUGUGCAGGAGAGGCACCAUGUGGAAUUUGUUGAGCAGUGCAUGCUUUUCCAGUGCAUUCCUUGUAGUAGCCAUUUUGGUAACCAAGAGCAGUUAUGGUCUCAUGUGCUUUCUGUACAUCCUGCAAACUUCAGGUCGUCAAAUGCUCCUCAACAUCAUAAUUUUUCUGGAAGUGAAGAUUUCAAUGUUGAGCAGGGCAGGUCAGUGCCUGUAGAAAAUAUCAACUCUGAGGAUCAGUCAAGUGUUCGAAAAUUCAUCUGUAAAUUUUGUGGCCUGAAGUUUGAUUUGUUACCUGAUCUUGGUCGUCAUCACCAAGCUGCUCAUAUGGGCCCAACAUCUGUCAGUUCUCGUCUCUCAAAGAGAGGCAUCCGUUUUUAUGCUUAUAAAUUGAAAUCUGGGAGGCUUACCCGUCCAAAAUUUAAGAAAAGUCUAGCUUCUGCAGCAUCAUAUCGAAUUAGGAGCAGGAGUGCACAGAAUAUGAAAAAACGCAUCCAGUCAUCAAAUUUAGUUGGUACUGGGGAACUCGGAGCUCGUUCUAGUGUACUUGAGGCAUCUACUCCUGACAAGUUGGUAGAUAAUCAGUGCUUAGCUAUUGCAAAGAUAUUAUUUACCGAGACCAAGAAAACAAAGCCACGCCCGAAUAAUUCGGAUAUCUUAUCAGUGGCUCGAUCAGUUUGCUGCAGAGUAAGCCUCAAAGCUUCAUUAGAGGCAAAGUAUGGAUCCUUGCCAGAACGCAUAUAUCUGAAGGCAGCCAAACUUUGCAGUGAGCAAAAUAUCCUAGUAAAUUGGCACCUAGAUGGAUUUAUUUGCCCGAAUGGAUGUGGACCAUUUGUUGAUCCACACAUGCCCGCUUUGGUUCCCCUCCCCAAUUGCUUGAAUAGACCGAGGUAUUCAACGCCUAAUGCUGUCGUAAGUGAAUGGAAAUUGGAUGAGUCUCACUAUGUCAUUGACUCCGAACAGAUCAGGCAUGAGCCCUCAGAUAGAACAAUCAUUUUGUGUGAUGACAUUAGUUUCGGACAGGAAUCAGUUCCAAUUACUUGUGUGAUGGAGGACAACCUUCUCGGCUCCCUCCAUAUCCUUCCAGAUGAUUCUGAUGGUCAAAUUACAGCAAAUUCUCUGCCUUGGGACAGCUUUAGUUACAUAACAAAGCCUCUUCUAGAUCAAUCACUGCAACUUGAUAUUGAUAGUUCACAAUUAGGGUGUUCUUGUCCCAGUUCUAUGUGCUCUUCUCAAACCUGUGAUCAUGUUUAUCUUUUUGACAACGACUACGAGGAUGCAAAAGACAUUUAUGGCCAGCCAAUGCAUGGAAGGUUCCCCUAUGAUGAGAGAGGACGAGUCAUUUUGGAGGAGGGAUACCUAGUUUAUGAGUGCAACCAGUGGUGUUGCUGUGAUAAAUCUUGUAAGAACAGGGUUUUGCAGAAUGGUGUUCAAGUGAAGCUUGAGAUAUUCAAAACUGAUACAAAGGGUUGGGCAGUGAGGGCAAGAGAAGCAAUCCUGCGUGGUACAUUUGUGUGUGAGUUUAUUGGUGAGGUAAUCGAUGAGCAGGAGGCAAAUAGGAGACGUAGUAGGUAUGGCAGAGAAGGUUGUGCGUAUUUAUUGGAGAUUGAUACACACAUUAAUGAUAUGAGCAGACUGGUUGAGGGGCAGUCUCCGUAUGUAAUUGAUGCCACUAAUUAUGGUAAUGUUUCCCGUUACAUCAAUCACAGCUGCUCGCCAAAUCUUGUGAAUCACCAAGUUCUUGUGGAAAGCAUGGAUUAUCAACUUGCACAUAUUGGUCUUUAUGCUGGUCGAGAUAUACUCGCGGGUGAAGAGCUGACAUUUGAUUAUCGCUACAAACCAUUGGCUGGGGAAGGGAUUCCGUGCCUCUGUGGAUCUUCAAAUUGCAGGGGUCGUCUUUACUAAGUUAAAUCGUUUUUAACUUAACGAGCUGUACAUACCUAUCGACUAGAAACGAGAUUUUUAGACUAGGAUGGAAGAUUUCUUGAAACAUCUGAAGAGUUGGAACCCUUUUCCAUACAUGAUGAUUAGCUUUAAUUAUGAAUGCAAAAUUUUACAAAAUUU